AUGAUAAGAAAGGAAAUUGGGGUUCCGAACCGAGAGGUCCCCGUGGAAGAGGCAGAGGUGGGCCAUCAUCACCUCGCAACGAACGUGACAAUUCCAAACGUGAUUCCAGAGGCGAUUCAGAUCAUCGAGGUCACAGCCAUCGAUCCUCCUUCUCACGGGGUAAUGGAAACAGAAAUGCUGGCUAAUGAUGAAUUUACCGGAGGUUCGGUUGUGAAUAGAGGUGGCAGUCUGAACGAUAGCAUCCACGCAACAAAGUCCGACCCCUAUGUGAAUAGAGACCGUGUGUUGUCUGGCGGGAAAUCUCAUCAAAGAAUGCGUGAAGAAGAGCUAGCCAAACGCAUGGAUCAAAUACGCAUCCAAAAUGAGAAAAUAUUGGAGAAACGAAAGCUUGUUGAGGAAGACGAAAAGGCAUUUCGGAAAGAAGAAGAGGAACUCAGAAAAAAGGAUAACGAACGUGAGGAGAAUGCAAAGCGUAAAACGCAAAACCGGGGGGCAAGAGAAUGGGAUAAGGCGAAAGAGGAGACGAAUUGGAAUUCACAACAAGGUCGAAAUUAUGGUCACGAUGGUGACACCGAUAGGAAGAGUCCUCGAAGUGAAGAAGGUUAUUAUGACCGGAAAGGUCAAGAGAAUAAUGAGAAUGAGGACAGCGGAAGAAAGAAUUAUCGCGGUAGCAGUGACGAUUACGGACGAAGGAACUCUCGAAGUAACGAUUCUGGAUUCAGAAGUCCUCACGGAGGUAGCGGUGAACACGGUGGUGGAUUCGGGUCGAGGAAUAAUCCAAGAAAUAACCGCACGCCGGCACGAGGUAAAGGAUCUCGUGGAAGAGGUGGCGGUCGUAGGGGCGGAAAUCAAUAUGAUUCCGGCAGGCGACAAAGUGACGAUCAAAGUCGAGACUCCUAUAAAUCCGCUGAUGGAGAUGGGAACGAUCAAACAUCGGACAAGCCUGCGCGGGAUUCGGUUGAUGUUCCUGAAAUUACAGACCAAACAAAGUCAGAUCAAAAUGGUAUAUUAUGA